GGGCGGGGCGAGUGCUUGGGGUGUGGCCUGCGGCGGGGACGCCGGGGAGAGAGGCGGGGUCUCGGCCGGCGCUGACGCAGUCAUGGCGGAGGCGGCUUUGGAAGCCGUGCGGAGCGAGUUAUGAGAAUUCCCGGCCGCUGCAAGGGAGCUCUGCAUGCCUCUUGUUGUGCUCUACCUGGACAAAACCCCAACUCCGCUCCACUUCUACCAGGACUGGGUCUGCCCCAACAGGCCGUGCAUCAUCCGCAACGCUCUGCAGCACUGGCCGGCCCUCCAGAAGUGGUCCCUCCCCUAUUUCAGAACCACAGUGGGCUCCACAGAGGUGAGUGUGGCCGUGACCCCAGAUGGUUAUGCGGAUGCCGUGAGAGGGGACCGCUUCAUGAUGCCACCUGAGCGCCGCCUGCCCCUGAGCUUCGUGCUGGAUGUGCUGGAGGGCCGGGCCCAGCACCCUGGAGUCCUCUAUGUGCAGAAGCAGUGCUCCAACCUGCCCACCGAGCUGCCCCAGCUGCUGCCUGAUCUGGAAUCCCAUGUGCCCUGGGCCUCUGAAGCCCUGGGAAAGAUGCCCGAUGCUGUGAACUUCUGGCUGGGGGAGGCGGCUGCGGUGACUUCUUUGCACAAGGACCACUAUGAGAACCUCUAUUGCGUGGUCUCAGGAGAGAAGCAUUUCCUGUUCCAUCCGCCCAGUGACCGGCCCUUCAUCCCCUAUGAGCUGUACAGGCCGGCAACCUACCAGCUAACUGAAGAGGGCACCUUUAAGGUGGUGGAUGAAGAGGCCAUGGAGAAGGUGCCCUGGAUCCCACUGGACCCCUUGGCGCCAGACCUAGCACGGUACCCUAGUUACAGUCAGGCCCAGGCCCUUCGCUGCACGGUGCGGGCCGGUGAGAUGCUCUAUCUGCCGGCUCUGUGGUUCCACCACGUCCAGCAGUCCCAGGGCUGCAUCGCAGUGAAUUUCUGGUAUGACAUGGAAUACGACCUCAAGUAUAGUUACUUCCAGCUGCUCGACUCCCUCACCAAGGCUUCAGGCCUUGACUGAUGGAGCACUGGUGAACACGACCAAGCAUGCCUCGGGGGACGGGGCCAGCCCCUCCCUGGCCCAGUCAGUUCUCGAGAGAGCCUGGAGUGUGCAUGCUGGCUGCUGGCCCCGGGUCCGGCAUGGCUUGAGAUCAGCUUUGGAGGAUCUUGGAAUGUGGUCAUAAGGACUCAAGGUGCCAGGCAGGUCUGGGUGAGGGUUCUCAGGAAGUUGCCACACAGGUGAGCAGAGUGGGGAUCAGGUGCAGCGGCACCUCUCCCCAGCGCUGUGAUGUUGGGCGAGUCACUGCGUCUCGGGCAUUGGUGUCCUGUCAGUAAAGAGAUAAUAAUGGCUGUACCUCGCGGGGCUGUUGUGGGCUUGGAGAUGAUGUCUAUGAGGACCAGCAUGGAGCUGGCACACAGGACAUGUUGAAUAAAAGGUAGCUGUGA